AUGAUGCUAUAUUUAUUCUGCCACACUUUCUCAAUUCGUAUCUCACAUUUUUUCAUUUCGUAUCUUUCGCAUUUUCGCUUUUCGCUUUCGCGAAUCAACUCACCUUCACUAUCUCCAGCCCCACCGCCUUCCCUAAUGGGGGACCGAAACAACCACGAAAUCCCCACAACCCAUGUCCACGAGCCAUUUGACGAGUCGUUCUGGCGCUCCUAUCUCGACAGCUUGAAUUCAUCAACACUACAAUCGUCCGGAGAUUUUGCUCCUGUCAGCCCCAAAAAAUACACAUCUUCCUCGCCUGCUGUGGCCACUAUAAUCAAGUAUUUUGAGGCAUUGAAGCUUCCCAUACCGCCUACCACCCAGAUAGUGGCUUUGCUCAAGUCUCCGUUCACUUUUGGCGAUGUUACACGGACAUUUUUUUUGAUCAGAUUCUUCCAGGUCAGUCGAGACGGGUUCUUUUUGACCAACCAGAACCAGGACCGGAUAGGCGGGCUCAUCAACUAUGUGGGAGCCGAAAAUUGGGAAAAUGUCAUGUGUUAUUUGGACGCGUUGCUCUUUGCCAUGUUUGCGAAUCUCGAGAGUUUCGAGCCCAUUUUGUUCAUUUCCAACCAGCACCCCAAUGCCAUGGUAACAAGGCUUUCGGCGCUUCUUCGUCUCUAUGUGAAUCUUCUCCGGUCUGGAAACCUUAUCACCAGGGACAUCACUAUGAGGAUUUGCGAGGUGCUUCUGGCGCUCGGUUUUGAAGAAGCCAUGUCUCACAAACAGCAGGACUCAGCUGCAAUGUUUGAGUUUUUGACAGAAACCCUUGCCAUGCCGUUGCUCACGUUUAAAAUCGAGAUCCAGCACGGCGGAAAGUUCAGCGAGGAAGACGACUUGAAGAUCUCAAAAGAACGCAUUCUUUUCGUCAGUCUACCAGAAGAAGGCACCGACGACAUUCUCCUAGAGGAAUGCCUCGAGCACUACUUCAACAACUCCAUCAGCGUCAAGCGGGAACUAGAGCGUCGAGCAACACUCGAAAAUAUUCUCUUAAAAAGCCCUCCCCAGCCCAAAUCCGGGUCCGUUGAUGUGGUGCCCACCGUCGACGAAAACUCAACAAUUGUCCGCGAAAAACCGUCUCAGGACUUGAUAGAGGACAUAGGAGGAGUGCGUGAGCGCCGGGCUUCGUCCUCAGAUGUUAAUCUUGCCCGGAAACGUUCGGAUAGCAAAGUUAGCACGACGAGAAUCUCGGUGCGAACCCGAUCUUCUACCCUCUCUAUUUGGUCGUUGGAAGACCUGGACAAGGGCAAACCUAAGGAGGUCAAUUUGUCGGCAUGGAUGUUUCUCCGGCUCAUGCCAUUUUACACCGACGACAAUAUUGUUUCUGAAAAAAACGAUAUUAGUCUUGCGAAAAAUUCACGAGAGUUUGUGGAUCGCCGACCCAUAUUGCCAAUUUGUCUCAAGCGGUACUCGUUCAGCUCCGUGUCUUCAACAGCCAAAAGGUCUCUGCGCCGCAUAAUCGUUCCUCCCGUCAUAAAUCUUCCAGAAUUUGUGGCCGACGAAGAAAACGCCGAUAUUCCUGGAGAAUACAAGCUCAUCUUGGAAAGCGCCGUUUGUCACCGCGGCACUUCCAUUUCGUCUGGUCAUUUUGUGUCGGCAAUCCGUAAAGAUCUGAGCGAUAUUUCAUGUGAAGAAGCCCAUUCGGCGCCAUGGAUGCUAUAUGACGAUAUGGCGAAAAAGGGCCGUGUGGUUCAAAAAACAUUUAAAGAAGUUUUUGACAAAGAAUGGCCGUAUAUUUUGUUUUAUCGGUUGGUUUCCAACGACGAGGUACUCGAAAGUGCCAAUUCCAGCAUCAGAACCAGGGGAAGUAGCACCACCAAGCCGUUCAUUGUCCAGCAAGGAGCCCGAAAUAAGUACUGGAACGAGACCCUUUCUCCCAUUGUUAGUACUGAUAAUUUGAACGAGUCGAGUUCUCUUCGCAAAACAAGCACCGUGGCUAGUGUCGCUAGCAUUCCAAUUCCAGAUAUCACUCCUCUCGACAGCCGGUUUGUCGAUAUUCGCAGCAAGUAUUUCUGGUACGUCACCGACGAGAACAAACUGUAUUAUAAAGAAUUGCCCACAGUUUCCAAGAGCCGUAACCGCGAGUACAGCGUCAGCAUGGGUCCCCAAAUUCGCCGAAACAGCCAAUGGAGCACGGCAACUAAUGCAACAAUUCCUAAUGGAAAGAUGCUGAAGACAGAGGCAAAGUUGGCUCCACAAAUUGACGAAAAAAAGGUGGAAAUGAGUAAAAAAGUGGAAAGUAAAGACGAAAAGAAACCUCACAAAGGGUUCCAUCGGCGCAAAAAGAAUAAAGAGGACCAUAAAAAGGAAAGAUGUGUGGUGGUAUAA